AUGUUUUGGCACAUGAGUGACGACCUCAAGAACGAUCUAAAUGUCCCCGGCACAAAGGUUAUCAUUGACGACACGACCUCGGCCACUGGCAGCGACAACUUCAAGCUCACGCCCGUACCGUCGUCUGACCCCAACGACCCCCUCAACUGGACCCUGCGCCGCAAGUGGCUGUAUGUCAUCUGCAUGGUCAUGUGGGUCAUGGCGUCGUGCGCCGGCAUGGGUUCACUGUACCCCAUCUACGACGCCCUGUCAGAGGAGACUGGCUUGACCCUCGACCAGAUCAACACGGGUGCAGGCUAUCUCUACUUCUUCCAGCAGGUGUGGUCGCUCUUCAGCCAGCCGCUGGCUGUCACGAUUGGCACCCGCCCCAUCUUCAUUGUCACAUGUGCGGGACUCUGCAUCUUUCCCUUUUGCCUGUCACUGGUCAGCACCAACUCCCAAUGGGUCGGUCUUAUCAUCGUCAACUCCAUCUUCACCUCCCCUGUCUACGUCCUUCCUGAACUGGCCCUUUCUGACAUUUUCUUUUACCACGAGCGUUCCUUCCCGUUCGGCGUCUAUAUUUCGGCCAUUUGGGGCUGCGCGUUCGUUGUACCCAUCUACUCUGGAUUCCUGUACACACGCUUUGGACUCAACGGACCGACGUACUUUGCCGGUGGUUGCUGCGCCUUUGCAGCAGUGUUCCUCUUCCUCUUCCUCGAGGAGACAAACUUUGAACGCAAGGUUCCCGAGCAUGGCAACAAGGUUGAGGCCGAGACUAUCGACAAAACCACGGUAGAGUCUCGCUACGACUUGGAGAAGAUGACUGCCACGACGACGGACAUUGUGGCUGUUGAUGGCGAGGACAGCACGUCGUCGUCCCCCAGCUCUGGGUACGAAGCGUCUCCACACAUGUACAACCACAAGACCACGCCGUGGCCGGGACCCCGUCCAUUCCAAAAGUCGCCCGUGUCGCCACACUGGUGGGGUAUCCUCUGGCGCACAUGGUUCCAGAACUUUGCGUUCUACCGCCUGCCCAUCCUCCUCUGGUGCAGUGUCAUUAUGGCCUACACUCAAAUCUACUCGAAUAUCACCUCGGCUCUGAGCAGUGGAAUCCUCGGAGACGAGCCGUACAACAUGUCGCCCAACAUGGUAGGCCUCACUUUCGUGUCCCCGCUCUUGGCCAACAUCCCGGGCGCGCUUGCGGCAGGUUGGAUCACGGACUGGUGGACUAUCCGCAAGGCUCGUCAGAACGGUGGUGUGUCUGAACCCGAGGACAAGCUGUCGUUAUCCAUCAUCCCGACCAUCCUGUCACCCAUCGGAUGUCUCAUGAUGGGUUUGGGUCCUUACUACGGAGCCCACUGGAUCGUGUUUGUGCUCGGCGAGUUUGUCAUCACCAUCGCCGGCCCGCUCGCCAACCUGAUCGCCAUCAACUACGCUUUUGACGCCUACCACGGCAUCCAGCCAAAGGACCAGAGUGGGCCCCGCUUCGAGGUUCAAAAGGGUGCACCCUACAUUCUCUCUCCUACGCUGCUCGCGAUGGGCAUUUCAUUUGGCUUCAGCUACGCGAUCACGCCGUGGGCGUUCGACGCCGGGUUCAAGAUCUGGGCUAUUACGGCAGCCAUUGUCAGCAUCUGUAUGACUGGCAGUGGGCUGCUCAUGAUGAUCUGGGGCAAGCGCCUCAGGAAGAGCGGUGCCGGCUUCUAUGAGAAGAUCAUUAAUAUUUAG